CACAUGAAUGUUCAUUGCGUGGGCCAUACCAUGGUGGUUACGUUAAGAUAAACAGACUAUCGGUUUUUACAAUUAUGACCAUGCUCUUCGACUGGUCAAUUAGUGUUACUAAUUAUUGUUAAAAUAGUUGUUAUGUAAAACUGUUAGAACAAAAAAGAGUGAGUGGAGUGUGUAUUGUGUUGUCACCAUAAACACAGCCCUUUCACCAUUCUCAUUCUCACUCAUAGGAUACCAUACACAAACCCUCCUUUUCCCUCUCUCUCUCUCUCUCUCUCUCUCUCUCUCUCUCUCUCUGCAUUUGCCUCUGCCGACACUUCUUCGGAAGUCAUGGAAACUAACUCAGUUUCCAAAUUUCUCUUUCUCUUCAUUUUCUCUACAUUCUUGUGCUCACUGGUUUACUCUAAUGUAACAUAUGACAGAAAAGCUAUCAUUAUCAAUGGCCAAAGAAGACUCCUUUUCUCUGGUUCAAUACAUUAUCCCAGAAGUACCCCUGAUAUGUGGGAAGAUCUGAUUUAUAAGGCUAAAGAAGGAGGUUUAGAUGUAAUUGAAACCUAUGUCUUUUGGAAUGUUCAUGAACCUUCUCCUGGAAAUUAUGAUUUUGAAGGAAGAAAUGAUCUGGUUAGAUUUGUUAAGACAGUACAGAAAGCAGGACUGUAUGCUCAUCUGAGAAUUGGACCUUAUGUUUGUGCAGAAUGGAAUUUUGGAGGUUUUCCUGUUUGGUUGAAGUAUGUUACUGGCAUUAGCUUUAGACAAGACAAUGAACCUUUCAAGAAGGCAAUGCAAGGGUUCACUGAGAAGAUUGUGGGAUUGAUGAAGAGUGAACGACUCUAUGAGUCACAGGGUGGUCCUAUCAUCCUCUCUCAGAUUGAGAAUGAGUAUGGGGUACAGAGUAAAUUACUUGGACCUGUUGGUUAUAACUAUAUGAGCUGGGCUGCAAAAAUGGCUGUUGAAAUGGGAACUGGGGUUCCAUGGGUGAUGUGCAAGGAAGAUGAUGCUCCAGAUCCGGUGAUAAACACCUGCAAUGGCUUUUAUUGUGAUAAAUUUACUCCCAAUAAACCUUAUAAGCCUACAAUGUGGACAGAGGCUUGGAGUGGCUGGUUUUCGGAAUUCGGAGGUCCAAUUCACAAAAGACCUGUUCAGGAUUUGGCAUUUGCAGUAGCCCGGUUCAUACAAAAAGGAGGAUCUUUUGUAAACUACUACAUGUAUCAUGGAGGAACAAAUUUUGGCCGCACAGCUGGAGGCCCUUUUAUCACUACCAGCUAUGACUAUGAUGCUCCACUAGAUGAAUAUGGUCUAAUCAGGCAACCAAAGUAUGGUCAUCUAAAGGAGCUUCAUAAGGCUAUCAAAAUGUGUGAGCAAGCUUUAGUUUCAACUGACCCGGUUGUUACCUCGUUAGGAAACUUCCAACAGGCCUAUGUAUACUCAACAAAAUCUGGAGAUUGUGCUGCUUUUCUCUCAAACUAUGAUUCCAAAUCUUCUGCUAGAGUGCUUUUCAACAAUAUGCACUAUAAUUUACCUCCUUGGUCCGUCAGCGUCCUCCCUGAUUGUAGAAAUGCUGUUUUUAAUACGGCAAAGGUUGGAGUGCAAACAUCUGAGAUGCAAAUGUUGCCUACAAAUACUCAUAUGUUCUCAUGGGAGAGUUUCGAUGAAGAUACUUCUUCUAGUUCUACAAAUACAAUCACUGCUUCUGGUCUCUUGGAACAGAUAAAUGUAACACGAGAUAUAAGUGAUUACCUUUGGUAUAUAACUAGCGUUGAUGUUGGUUCGUCCGAAUCCUUUCUUCGUGGAGGCAAACUCCCCUCUCUCAUUGUUCAGUCAACUGGUCAUGCUGUGCAUGUUUUUAUCAAUGGUCGACUUUCUGGCUCUGCCUAUGGAACAAGGGAGGACAGGAGAUUCAGAUAUAUUGGCGAUGUAAAUCUUCGUGCUGGAACAAACACUAUAGCUUUGCUCAGUGUUGCUGUUGGACUUCCAAACGUGGGUGGACAUUUCGAGACAUGGAACACAGGAAUCCUAGGUCCAGUUGUUAUGCAUGGACUUGAUCAGGGAAAGCUGGACUUGUCAUGGCAGAAAUGGACUUACCAGGUUGGGCUGAAAGGAGAGGCCUUGAAUCUUGCAUCACCAGACGGUAUCUCUUCUGUCGAGUGGAUGGAGUCAGCGUUAGUUGUACAAAAAAAUCAGCCACUGACAUGGCACAAGACUUUUUUUGAUGCUCCAGAAGGAGAAGAGCCAUUGGCAUUGGACAUGGACGGCAUGGGUAAAGGUCAAAUAUGGAUUAAUGGGAUAAGCAUUGGAAGAUACUGGACUGCUACAGCUACUGGUAAUUGCAAUGACUGCAAUUACGCCGGGUCAUAUAGACCUCCAAAGUGCCAGAUUGGUUGUGGUAAACCAACUCAGCGAUGGUACCAUGUACCACGGUCAUGGUUGAAGCCAAAUCAUAAUCUGUUAGUUGUUUUUGAGGAACUUGGGGGAGACCCUUCAAAAAUUUCAUUAGUAAAAAGAUCAGUGAGCAGUGUGUGUGCUGAUGUAUCAGAGUACCACCCAAAUCUUAAGAAUUGGCACAUUGAUAGCUAUGGGAAAUCAGAAAAUUUCCAUCCUCCAAAAGUUCACUUGCAUUGCAAUCCUGGCCAAGCCAUCUCUUCCAUUAAAUUUGCAAGCUUUGGAACUCCUUUGGGAACCUGUGGGAGUUAUGAGCAAGGAACUUGUCAUUCUUCUGCAUCCUAUGACAUCUUAGAGAAGAAAUGCAUAGGAAAGACUAGAUGCACAGUAACCGUUUCAAACAGCAAUUUCGGGCAUGACCCGUGUCCGAACGUGUUGAAGCGGUUAUCAGUUGAAGCUGUUUGUGCUCCAACUAUUACCAACUAAUGAAGGCCGAUUAGUUAACAAAUCACCAUUUUUAAGUGUUAUUUUCAGUGAUUUAUUAGCAAGUUGAAAGAUUAAUAAGAGUAGAAUAGGUAAAGUGUAAGUCCCAUAGUUUUUUUUAGGGCAGUAAGUAAGUAGCUUUGUUUUUAUAUAUGCUGUGCCAAAGGCACAUGGUUUUUAAUUUUAAGCAGUGUUUGGAUAGGUGAAUCUGAAAUCAAGGGUCUAAAAAUUGGACCCUUGUGAGUGUGAAUUUGGAGAAGUCAUAGUUCCCAGCCUAUAUAUAUGUUUUAGAUGAAUAUGGGCACUGGUUUCUAUGACGUGUUUUCGUUUGUUUUACAGGAGUAAAUUAAACUCCAAUUUAGGUUUGAAGUUGGGAGCGGAUCCUAAUGUAACCAUGACAUUUGUUUGAAGUUCACUAUUAUUCUGUGCA